AUUGCAAUGUCGUAUCAAAGUUUUGAAAUUAUAAAUUGAUUAAUUGAUUCUUAAAAAUGGGGACAAACAAACAAAUAAUAAACAACGGGAAAUAAUGACGAUUUGAUUUGAUUCUGUAAAAACAGCUACAUUGUUGCCACAAAAAUAAACAAUAUAACGGAUUCAAUAGGGUUAUAAUGUAUGAAAAAUUUACAGAAUGAAAAAAUGGGCAUGAAUAUGGAUAUACCGUCGCAUAUUGAGAUUAUUCAUGUGCGUGUCAAACAUGUGAACACAGCCGGUUUUUUUUAGUGUGUAGGCGUAACAUGACGCCUCAAUCAUUAUUGAAUAGAAUGAUGAAAAUUGAAUUGACGUAAUCAAGAUCAUUUGUUUUUCUCACAUACAUUAGAGGGCAUGUUCUUAGGUUAUUGUUUCUUUUUACUUUUUUUUUGUUUAUAAUCUAUUGGUACGAUGUUCAAGGAAAGGAUUCCUCGCAUCAUUUUUUCAUCAUCAUCAUCAUGUGAAAAUUAUUAUGACGUCGAUGAUUCUGUUUGAUGAUGAAGAGAAGUGGCAUUUCGAAAAACAAAUUAUGAACACCAAACAUGUCUUGUGUAUAUACGAAAUGGUGUUAUUGACAUAAUUGCCAUAUAUACAGAAUGUUUAAGAAUCAGAAUUCAUAUGUAUAAUUCUAGCUGUUUUUUGUUUGUUUGUUCGUUGGCAUCGAAAAAAUAUUAUUCAUUCGAAUCUUAUAACUAUUUGUAAAUGAAAGAAAAAAAAGUUAUUGCGAACGUAUGUAGCUGCUGAAUUGAAACGUAUUUUUUUUUCUAAAAUAAAAUGUUUGAUGCUGAUGAUUCUGUGAAAAUCAAGCCAUCACUGUUUCGUUUAUAUAAUAGGCAAUUUAGCGAUAGUAAUCAUUCUGAAGAUUCUGAAGUUCAUAUAUUAGUCAGUCAGACAAACGUCAACCAUACAACACAUAGACAAUCAGAUCGGAAAAUUUUGAUGACAAUCCUUCGUUUAUUCUUACAUACAUUCAAACAUAGAAUCGCGUGUCUUUUAUUUCUGUUUCUUUGUCGUUUCCAUUCUUUUUUUUGUCAUUCAACACUAACUCGUUCAUAUGUGAAUGUGUAAUCAUCAAAAAUGUUUGACAAUCGGUCAUCAUCAUCAACAACAAUAAUGGCUCGAAAUUCGUUUAGUAGAAUCAGUGAUUAUCUUUGUGAAGAGAUUCUUAUGUACCUUCCACCCGAAGAUAAAAUUCGUUUAGAAUUUGUGUCACAACAAUUUAAAAGAACCAUUUUUCGACGUCAAUAUCGAUUCGUCAUAGCACCAAGCUGUAAUGAAUGGUCAAAAGUAAAGAAUGUUCUUCUUAAACGUUUUGUUGGUGAUUUCAAUGUUAUACACAAGAUUGAUAUUCAACUAUUUGACAAGAUUCUUUCGAAAUUUCGUUACAUCGAUGAUUUUGCAAUUCAUUACAAUCUUGACACAUCAAACAUGGAUGAAAUAUUCGAAUGUCUAAUGCGUCAUUGUAUUCGAAUACGAAGAAUGGAUGCUAAUUUUUUCAAUGUAAGCGAAAAAACAUUGGAUGCAUUUGGCAAACGAUUUGGUCAUAGUCUUCGUGUGGUUAAAUCAAGCAUUGUGAGUAAUACAAAAAUUCCAAACAGUUUUGCUCUGUUGAGACAUUGUUCAAAUCUAGUAUCAUUGAAUGGUUCGGAAUUUUUGAAUGAAAAAUUAUGGAAUAAUGUCUUCAAUACAAUGCUUGAGAAUGACUAUACAAAUGAAGAGGAUAUUGGCGAAGAUGAUGAAGCAGAAGCCGUGAUGCAGGAUUGUAAUGAAUUUUGCCUGGAAAAAGAGAAUUUUAAUGAAGUUGUAUUACCAAAUUUAAAAUCAUGUUACCUGAAAGUAACCAAUGAAGAAGGUGUUAAUCAUUUGGAAAAAUUUUCCGAUGUCUUCAUGAAUCGUUUGGAAAAGAUCAAAGUAGAACUUGUUGAUUAUAUUGCACGUCAUCAUUAUAUGGUGAAUUUUAUAUUUCCAUUAGGAAUUUGUAAAUUUCGUAAUCUACGUGAAUGUAUACUUACAUUAAAAUAUAAUGGUGGCUAUGAUGCAGAUUUCUUAUGGAUCAAUAAUGGUUUGAAUGGUAUUGCACAGGAUUGUACAAAAAUUCAACAUUUAGGUAUCGAUUUUAUUGGACAUCAAGAUUUUUUCAUCAAUCAUGUGUUACAGGCAUUAACCUGUUUCAAAACAUUACCUCAUCUUAGUAUAUCGAUAUCCAUGUAUAAUAAAGGUCUUAAUUUUCCCGUUAUGCCAUCAUUGAAUCAAUUAGAUCUCGCCUAUCCACGUUUAUAUCAAUGUACACAUCUUAAACAACUUGUCUAUAGCUUUCCAAACAUAAUUGUUCUUCGUUUACAUCGAAUGUAUUUUUUCAAUGAUGUUCUACUUAAUUCAUUGAUUGGCUUGAAAAAAUUACAAACAUUAAGGGUAGGUGGCCUAUGUCCACCCGAUGUAUCGACUAUUGGUUUGAAAACAUUUCUAAAUGCUGCACAACAAAUACGAUCAAUAGGUUUUGAUACUAGACCAAAAAUCGAUACAAAAACAUUUGAAAUGAUUAUAGAUUUUGUACAAAAACAUGAAAAUAUCUAUUAUGAUUUUGAUUUCUGUCUAGAAGAUUUUGAUCCAAAUGAAAAGAAAGAAUUUGAACAAUUUUUCAACAAAGUUCAACUGCCAAAAAAUUUAUCAAUUAAAUAGAUUCGAAUGUAAUCAUUGGCCCAAGAAAUGAUAAGAAGAAGAAAUCAUAUGUUGAAAAUUUAAUUAUGUUUUUCUUUUCUUUGUUAUUCAUGAUUUUUUUUUGUUUUGAUUUGAUGCUUUAUAAUAAUUGUACAAACAGCAGCAGCAGCAGCAGCACCCACAUCAUCAUUUGAAUUAUUUUUCUAAUAAAAACUAUUCAUUAAUCUAAAA